CUGCCGCCUUCGUCAGCCGCUCGCACUGUUUGUUCCUUCGCGGCUGCCGUACGUCAUUGUUGACAACAGUCAUGGCGUCUUCAAUGUCACUCCUCGGCUCGGGCCGUGUAGCUGUGAUCAAAACCGCCUGUAGAAUGUUCCUGAAUCCUAUCAGGUCUACAAGCACAUCAACAUCUAGGCUGGCAGAGAAACCAGGACAAGACACGCAACUUAUUACAGUUGAUGAGAAAUUGGACAUCUCCACCGUGACCGGGGUCCCAGAAGAGCACAUCAAAACGCGCAAGGUUCACAUCUUUGUGCCGGCGAGGACGGCCAUGCAGUCGGGAGGCAACAGCACCAAGAAGUGGAAGAUGGACUUUGACACCAGGGAGCGCUGGGAGAACCCCCUGAUGGGCUGGGCCUCGACGGCCGAUCCCUUGUCCAACAUGCUGCUCUCGUUCUCCUCCAAGGAGGACGCCAUCGCCUUCGCUGAGAAAAAUGGUUGGAGCUACGACGUCACAGAGAAGAGGACCUCGAAGCCCCGGGUGAAAUCCUACGGCGCCAACUUCUCCUGGGACAAAAGGACCAGGAGGUCCGCAAAGUAAACUGAAGACACACAUCUGUUAGUCGGCUUGACCUCGCUCUGUCCCCGCAGCAGACCUGUAUUCAUCCUUGUCAAUAAAAAAUGCAGAAUUAUAUACCUCCAAAACCAAA